CCGUAGGUCACCCACCCAUGGAUAAGGCUACUCGCAUCUAAAGGUUACACAUUGGUCCAAUGUAUACCAAAUAAUGUUCUUGGGGAGGGAGGUGUUUGCUGGGAACACCUAACUGAAUGUAAUCGAAGACUCCUGUUCUCAGUUGAAGGCAAGUGCCAUGGCCUGUAUACAGAACUUUGGUCUAGGUAGGUAUGCUGCGUUGUGGCCUCUCUUCAUCCCAAGCCGGCACAAUUAAACAAGAAAGAAAGGCCGUUACGAAAUCCAAUAUUAUGCUUGAUGUACGGAGGGACGAGGGACGCCUUCAAAAUAUUUGGUCAUAGGGAGAUCCAAUAUCAGCUGGCAAUAGAUUACGUCACUUUUUGCCAGCUGAAUAACCGAUUGGCAAACGCAUUGGCCAGCUGGCUGGCAAGUGGCCUACUUUAUCCCCAGCUGACAGUGGAUCCCCCUAUGACAAACGAUUUUGAAGGGUCCUCCUACCCAGGCUGCUAGGUAGCUUCUAUAUGGGAUCCAAAUAUCUAUCUGAACUUCUUCCGAAUUUUCUAUUUAUAACUUGCACGUAUGGAGAUUACAACCCAGGUAAUCUUUUCAUAACUACCUAGGUAUGAUGGACACCCAAAACAUUCAACAGGCCGAGGCGGCCCGCAAGCGAGGUAACGAGCUGUACAAAAGUCAUCAAUUUGGCCAAGCAAUAGAAGCAUACAAGCAGGCCGCAGCAUUUGCCCCUCUUGAUCCCUAUCCACUGUCGAAUAUAUCCAUUGCCAGCUUUGAAGCUGGUAAAUACGCACACUGCAUUCACUUCUCCACCAAGGCCUUAGGACUUCUCAAUGCCGAUGAUCCAAAAUUCGAUGUUUCCAGACAAAGGCUCUUGGUUAGGCAAGCUAAAGCUUAUCUACAUCUAUCCCUAUUGCGCGAGGCUGAAAAGCUUCUAGAUCAACUUGGUUCCAGCGCAGAAACUGAGGAUCUCCGUAAAUCACUUCGGGCAACGAAAGAGCUUACUAUGCCUUCUACUCGACCUGCCUUAUUACGCGAGGCGGUCUUGCAGUUACCGCGCUUGAGGCCACGCAUUCAGGAUGAACCAGAAUAUUAUGGCCCUGGACACGAUGAUGCAACAUCUCUGUAUACAGCCGAUCUUGAGAAGUCGACGGAUCAGGAUCCCGUCUUGUCCGUCAUGCUCUGCGGCGUCGGCGACGCCCGUCACCUCUUUCAGACUCUUAUACGAUACUCUUCAAGAAACAAGGGAGUCCAGAAGCUACAUGUAACGAUGCUAGACCAUAAGCCAGCCGUCAUAGCCAGGGACUUGAUAUUCUUUAGCCUGUUACAGGAAGCGACUACCAACCAAGAGUCAAAAGAUACAGCACUACUAAGUCUAGGUUAUCUGUAUUGCGCCCCAAUAAUACCACCUUUCGCACGAGAGAAGUUACAGAACACUAUCAGCAAGCUGUUAGACAAGCUCGAGAAGGAACAGCAACCAUUCAAUCUCGUGUAUCUCCCUAUGCCGCAGAGAGGCAUUGUGCGGUCUCUCAAGAGUUGGCAGACAGGCGCCGCAACAAAAUACGCCACUUCCGAAAUGCGACGCGUUGCAUCCCGAAAAACUAUUGAAAAGUUGCUCAAUAUGGAUUGCCAAGCAGACUACGAAGAUUUCGAGAAUUUCUCUGUGGUAUUUCCUCCAGAAGCAAUCUUAGUGGGAUUCGAACCGGAGCUAUCCGCUCUUGUUGCAGCCUAUCGGAAUCACAAGAAAGGUGCUCGAGUGCGUGUUGGCGAAUAUCUAGAUAAGCAUUGGAAAGUAAACGUCACACUCAUCGAUGUGGACUGGGAAGCUGUAAAGAGACCAGGAGAACAACCACAUGUGGGUCUCGAUCCUUUCCAAAUUGUCGGCGACCUGACAAAGCAGUUCUCGAAAUUGACAACGUCCAACCGGUCGUCAAGCUGCAUCUUGCAACAUGCGGCCGACUUUUUCGAGAGAGUUGGUAUGAGUGUACUGCAAUUGCAAGGAAGACUAACAGUGGAAGUGAUCCUUGGUGACAUGGCCGACGUGCUAGAGCGGAUUCGUUACGGCGUUCUGAACCGCCCAGCAAAGGGGACGCGAACCACUACGGAGUGGCCCGACAAGUAUCAUGUAAUCCAUAUGAGCAAUGUACCAGAUUACGUCGGCGGGUCCCUGACGAGCUUCCUCUACGCGACCCCCUUACUAAAACAAGGGUCUGGGACAGGAUUACUGUCAUGUGCAUUGCUGAACGCGAGUUACUGGGAAGGCCUCAAAAACUUCAACGCAGAAUACUUAUUAAUGCAUGAUCCCAUUAUGAUCCGAAAGCACUUCUCUGUUGAGCUAGCUGAGGUGGAAAAUGGUGGAACGAAUCUAGACAGGUUUAGCAUGCUGUUUUAUCAUCGUUGGGAAAGAUGCAACAGCGACACUACCCCCUUAGAACGGCUGAUGUCGAAGACAGACCUUUCAAGGUGGUUACAUGCUCACUUCCUCAAGAUAUGCCUGCCAUUCCGUCGUCCUACGACUACCCUGGUCUACGCGCCUCUAAACAUGACGAUGUUUAUGAGACUACUAACCCUCAUGGGCGAACUAGGCUAUCCUGGUCAUUGGCUAUCGGAUAUUAUCAAGUCACUCGGCAGCGGGGAGAUCAAAACGGCAGCUAGAGCCCCUAGGAAAUUUCUACUCAAUCCUACUAUAGUAGAUGGGGUCCAUCCGCUUCGCACUAUGUGUGUUAAGCCCUGGAAUGCGGAAUUUACCACACUUGUCACUCAGUGGCGCGAUCUCUUUCGUUUUACUACCGUGAUGUCGGGUGGGAUACUCCCUCCGCCGGAGAUUAUUAUGGAGUACUCAAUAAAGGUCCCUCUUGUUGGCGCCGACGGCCUCCAACAACCUCACUUCAUGCUGGUUUUCUGGAAUCAACGAAAAUAUGGCGAGCUAAUGGGUGACAUAUACCAACUCCUUCUCGACGAUGAGAACGGAGACACGACAAGCUCGGCGCGGAAUAUUAGAUCUGACGGGAUCCACAUCUUAAGCACUUUCAAAUGUGUCUCGAAAGAGAUGAUGGCCACCUUCUGGUUGAGAAGCGACGUGGUCAAUUUGAUGUUGAAGGAAGACUGGUCUGUUUACAUAUGGCGGACUUCUACUUGGAACAGAUAUACUCCAGGUCAACCUUUGAGGGAGUAUCUCUCCAAGAAGAGGACCUGGAAGGAAUGCGUAACCUCGGCAUGAUAUAUCAGU